AUCCUGACAUGCCCGGUACGUCAUCGCCGCCGUCUCAACAGUGUUACGUCGCGAUCGCACACGCUUCGAUCCCGUCUCGGUUCUCGGAGUGAUACGAUGUGCCUCGCUUCGAGCGGGAGACGCGUUGCAGCGAGAGAUUCCCGCGCAGGAGAGGAAGACUGGACAAAGCGGAAGAAGCAGAAUAAGACGAGCAAAGCAGAAGCGGAGGAGCAGAAGAGCGCAAGAAAAUCGAGAGCCGAACGAGUGGAAGCGGGGUUGCGAAGAAGAAAGUGAUUAGCUUGAGUUGAGCGUGCGAAUCCGAAGAUAGCGCGAUUUGGAGAGAGAGGACGGAAAGAUCGGGAGCAGCUACGAAAGCGCAGAGAGACAAAGAUCGUAGAAGCGAGACGAAGGAGAGAGAGGAAGAACGAGAGAAAGAGCAAGAGUCGGAAGAAAGCUCGACAGAGAACCCCGCGCUGCAUACAUAUAUAUUUCAGUGUGUUCAAAAAACGAGUGUACCUAAGUGCAAUAUUAAUUAAACCUAAACGAUAAUAAGAAGCAACCACAACUACCAUCGACGAUAUCGGUAACGACGAGCGGUGAUCGAUAAUCGAAUAGAAUUCCUUUUAAAGAGUUAAAACGCUAGAGUCGCAUUUCGAGGAGGAGUCAUCGACGGACGCGACGAAGCCGCUUGAAAGAAGAGAGAAUCGGAGGAAGUAGGUAGAAGCAGAAACGGAGUGACGGAAAUCCCGGAGAGAAACGCUCUCGUCCCGCUUAAAAGAAUCCACACGGACUCACCGACUUGAGCCGACGCGCGCGACAGCCGACAACAACUUUUCGAGCCUGUCGAGCGCGUUCGCGACACGCACACACACGCACGCACACACACUCACGCACAUCCAACAUAACGGGGCUAAAAUACUCAGGGCAAAACGGGACGAGCGGUGAUCAUCCGCGAGUGUGAUUUCUCACCCCGAAGAGGAGCGGAAGCCCUUCCGACCGAUAUCCGAUUCGCGUCCGCGUGGACUAUCCUUCUCGUUUACACCGUCCGGGCUGGGCAAUCCUGAAUUUUAACCUGAACUUAAAUGUACGCUAGAGAUUAAGUUAGAUAGACGAAGGAAAAAAUAGGCCGUUCUCCAAUUUGCUGGAGGACGUUCGCUCGCGCGCGCAGCAACUCACGCAAAGCAGCACACGCAUAAAGCAGCACACAGACACACACACACACGCAUACACCCACCCACCAAUCUACAUACGUAGACACACCGAGAAAGGGGAGGAAAGAAGAGGAAGAAAACGACGA